AUGACGACGACAACUCGUAGGUGGGCGUGGGCGGCGAUGUUCCUGGCGGCCGCGGGCGUGGUCUGUGCCGCCCCCUCGGACGUGAUGCAAGAAGAUUACUUAGAAAUAUUCAAGAAAUGGAUGACAGGAGAUCAAGAUGAGGAACUCAUGGACCUCGAGGCCGUCCUGAAAUGCAGCCCGAACGCCACCAGCGAAGAGUUCGGCCUCUGCCUCCCGCUCGCCCACUGCGCCAACACAGGAGGCGUACCUGCCGGGACCUGCGCAAAGGGCUUCGGCGUCUGCUGCAUCGCCCAGCGUACCUGCGGCGAAAGCACGAGUUAUACCCACACAAACUUCGUAAACCCCGGGUACUAUGGUUCAGACACAGGGAGCGGCGCCUGCACGCUGACUGUCAACCACGCCCACAAAAAUAUCUGCCAAAUGCGCCUCGACUUCUUGGAACUGGAACUUGCACAGCCUGACGACGAUGGCAACUGCAACAUGGACUUCUUGGCCGUGACUGGAGGGGCUGCCACUGUGCCCAGUAUCUGCGGGUCGAUGAACAGCCAGAUCGCCAAACUGAACUACGGCGUGUGUAUCAAGGCGGGUGAGGGGUACUGCGGCAUUGCGUGGGGGCGAGUGGCAGCCUUUGGGACCAACAGCUUCACCGUCAGCGGAAGUUUGCCUAGUACUAUGCCUCUUCUUGUCGGCACGGCCGCGACUAGCGGCACGGGCGCGGCGUGCACGACCGACUACGUGAUCAUCCCGGGCGGCGUCGACAACAACCAGAAUUCGGAGGACAGGUUCUGCGGCCUCGGGUUCCCGGACUCCGUCACCUCUACCAUGAAGCCCUUUGCAAUGUACGUGCACACUGACGCAGACGAAAGCACGGACGUAGGAAACCGUGGGUUCGGCCUGCAGUACCGACAGAUCACAGACUGUUGUUGAUAUGGUGUCUAUUGGCGGUGUGGAUAACUAAUGGAGAGGGGAGGAGGGGUGUGGUGUAUGAA